AUAAACAGCCGGACAAUUAUCAAGUUCUACUGGCGCCAGACUUCCUUUCUAUCAUCCUGGUUCCCCGGAAGAUGACCCUGAGUCUUGCACCGGCCUGACCUCCCCUUCGUACCCGCUUAGCGCCAGCACAGACACAACAGGCUCUGCUUCCCUGUCUCGAACGCUCACAGCCAUUGUCACCAACCGAUCCUCGUCGUUUUCCCGAGUUCUUGCCUCCCUUUCUUGCUCCUCGAAAACUCUGCAACGAGUUCCAAACUCCUUCUCAACCCUCGCGAUCAACACCAUAACCGAACACUUUUCCGGCACGCCCCAAGUACGAACCCUCUCCAAGCUGCGGUGCUUGUUGGUCUCUGACCAAAGCUCGGACUCCGAUCCCAGACCAACGGUACUGCCCAGUGCGCAGUCAACUUUAAUAUGAAAAAGAAGGCCUUAGCUCUCCCACGACGACCGAUACGCUUCUGUUUGGAGGGAUAAGCAACUGCAACUUCCAGAGAGCUCUGCUCUCAUGGAGCCACCUCCACCUCCGCCGCCGCCGCAUGGCUCCAACCCUCAAGGCGGCGGCAGGUCUGGUGGUCUUCCAGAUGGCAGGUAUGACAUUUUUGUCAUACCGCCACAUUCCUCAGGCUCAGGCUUCCUCUAUCUACCUUCUUUACAGACACAACGGAAUAGUUUCCUGGCCGGAGUCUUCUGCACGGCCGCCACUUUCUUUAUCUACACGACGGCUGUACCCGUGGUAAAAGAAUGGCUGUUCAAUACCGUCAACAGUGGAGGAGGCGGAGUGUUCAUGCUCAUAUGCGGUGUGGCAGUGGUUGCUUGGGCAUUUGGGAAGACGCAAACCGAAUGGGCGCAGGCUGGACCGUCCAAUGGGCCUAGUUCUGGUACCGGUCCUGGUGGUCAGGCAGGAGGAGGUCAUACAGGAUUCAACAACGCUGGGUCUUAUGCCCAAUCUGGGCCGCCACCAAACACGCAUUCCGCGCCACCGCCGAAUUCUCCCCCUCCGCACUCUUCAUGGCAGAGACCACCACCUCAAGCCAAUACAAAAGCAAACACGACCGGGGCCAAGUCCAGCUGGGAAAAGGCAAGGGAAGAAACGAGAAAGAGAGAAGAAGAACGCAAGCGCGCCGAGGAGUUGAAGAAACGACGGGAAGAGCUGGAAAAAGAGCGUCAGAAACAAAGAGAAAAGGAUGCCCUAGAGAGGCUUGAGCGGGAGCGCAGAGAGAAGAAAGAACGUGAGGACAGGGAACGCGACCAGAAGGAGAAAGAGGCUGCCGCGGCCAAAGCAUCCGCUGAGGCCUCUGCGAAAGAGAGACAUCGACAAGCAGCAGAAGCAGGCGCCAGACGGCCUCCGAUGCCCACAGCAAAGACUGAGCAAGAGGAUGAUUCAUAUUCUUUUAGGCCUUACGACCGACCCCGGAGACCGUACAAGGCGAACUCGGCAGCAUCAAUGUACUCAGAAUCAUCGUAUGCCCCUUCAGAGAGCACGGUGAAGCCGACAGCUCCUCCCUCAGCCCGAGGACCUUACUCGACGAAAGACCCAGACAAGAUCAUUAUCAAGGGCGUGUUCUCCUUCAACAACGCCUUCAUGCGGACCCCAAUCUCACAGCUCGUUUCUGGUCAAGGUAACGUCACUGACGGACUUAUUCUUCGAAUCACCACCGAGGGUCUGUUCAUUGACGAUGAUGUGCGCGGCGUCCCGCAGCGUGAAUGGGAUGUGAAGGCUUGGACAAUGAAAUUAGCAGAGAGCUGCGAACUUGAUGGCAUGCAUGUUCUCCGGGCCAGCAUUCGGGACCAAGAAGGAAAGAAAUACGUUUUCAUUCUUUCCCAAAGUGAAGGAUGGAAGGUGGCCGUGGGACUUCAACGUCUCCGGAGAGGCAGUCAGGUGCGCGCACUGGGUGUUGCCGGCUUGCCUCACAAUGAAGCGAAAGCGAUCCUCGAAAGCCUCGGAUUUGCAUGAUCGAACCCGCAAGCGGAAAUGUUUCUUGUCUGUCAAGUGAUACCACCUAAAAGCUAUGCACAUUAUUGAGCGAGAUUGUGGGAUUUUUCAGUAAUCAAAGUCGACAGUUAGCGAGGCAUCAGCGACGGAGUUGUGUACAUUCAUUUGAGGGCGCCGGUGAUUGGGCUUCUAGUUGGAUUUGUUAUCAGACCACAUUCGCUACUGGGGCUACACAUUGGACAGGGGAGGCUCUCCAGGCGUGGACAAGUGGAAGUACUAUGAUAAUACUUGUUGGAGGGCCUGAGAUCCUGGGGCUGAAGUCGACCUUGCCAGACACAGGCCAAUGGCACAUAUGUCACUCA